CGUGAUUCCAAUAAACUUUGUUUUAUGGCUUGAGAGUUGACAAGCCAAAAUAUAAUUCCCACCAUAAAUUAGGUUAAGAGCAUACAAGUGCAGAUGCUUGGUUCCUGUAGCAGCGAUAGGCAAGUGAGAGGCUCCAGCCAGCGCCCCGGGCUCAGGAGACAGCUCUCCUCUAAGCUUCUCUACCAACGAAAAGAAACCCAAAGACUAAAAACUUGAAGAUGGACAUGAGUGCCCUGGGAACCACUGUUCUCUUUGAUCGGUCUGUAGGUUCUCCUGCAGGUUUUGGAGCGUCAGGGAGAACGAGGGAGAACCACUCUCGACAGUCUCAGCCCAGGGAGGCUCGGUGGCCGCAAACAGCGCCUGCCUCCGGGUCUGCAGCAGCAGUCAUAGCAGCAGCAGAAGCAGCAGCAGCGGGAUCCGAAAGUCCGGCGGGGCUGAGGGCCCAGAAAGGUAAAUGCUCGAAUUCUAGGAGGACUAGCUGUGACCACUCACUUGGCUUAGGUUCUGGUGAAGACUAUUCCUUUUGCCUUUUUCAAAACUCCCUUUCUGCUGCUGAGGGCCUUUGCUUCUUUUUGGGAAAUACCACUUGAUAAGGGGGCGGGAGAUUUGGGUUCUGAGAAGGGGCAAUUAAGCCGCCAUCUCUGGGGUGAAAAAAAAACUCCCCUUCUUUUCUUUUCUUUUUUUUUUUUUUAAGAAGAAGAAGGUCCUGGCUGCUCAGCUACUUGGUGGCCCCCAUCCUGGCAAGCCGAUGAGGGAACUCAUUGCUGUAGCGAGCAGCAAUACUUAGAAAUGCACCGAGCCUACCUGCACCAUCUCUGAAAGCCAGGCUUGUAGGAGAAUUCACUCUUCUUUGAACUAUGUCCAUUCUGGGGGCUGCUUCAGGCGAUGGUGAGUAAGGAGGGCAUGGGAGGUUAGCAAAGUCAGUGGAAGACAAAAGCCGAGAUUACCUGCCGGAAAUUGGGACCCCGGGGAUAGAAUUAGAACUCUAUUAGCAUCUGUCAGGGACUCUCAAAUGUGGCAUGGCAAGUCACUUGAUUACACGUAUGUUAUUUAGUUAAAUUUGUGAAAAUUAUGAGAUGCUCACCAACCCGGUGAUAAACAUGCUUUCUUCCUAUUGGCUGGCCUGGUCACAUGGCCGCCCAACUUUAUUCAGUUGACAGCAAGUAGGAGGGCCCAAUGGAAGGAGAAAAAAGACAACACGAGAAAAAUUAGUAUUUUCUACCUUCUGAAAUUAAUGGCCAUGAGUUCGUAUAUGGUGAACUCUAAGUACGUGGACCCCAAGUUUCCUCCGUGCGAGGAAUAUUUGCAGGGUGGCUACCUAGGCGAGCAGGGAGCCGACUACUACGGCAGCGGUGCACAGGGCGCCGACUUCCAGCCCUCGGGGCUCUACCCACGGCCCGACUUCGGCGAGCAACCCUUCGGAGGCGGCGGGCCCGGGCCUGGCUCAGCGCUGCCCGCGAGGGGUCACGGACAGGAGCCGAGCGGCCCGGGAAGUCAUUACGGUGCCCCGGGAGAGCGGUGCCCAGCGCCCCCGCCUGCGCCCCUGCCUGGCGCUCGGGCCUGCAGCCAGCCCACCGGCCCCAAGCAGCCGCCCCCCGGGACAGCACUCAAGCAGCCCGCUGUGGUCUACCCUUGGAUGAAGAAGGUGCACGUGAAUUCGGUGAACCCCAACUACACCGGCGGGGAGCCCAAGCGCUCCCGGACGGCCUACACCAGACAGCAAGUCCUAGAACUGGAAAAGGAAUUUCAUUUUAACAGGUAUCUGACCAGGCGCCGUCGGAUUGAAAUCGCUCACACCCUGUGUCUGUCUGAGCGCCAGAUCAAGAUCUGGUUCCAGAACCGGAGGAUGAAGUGGAAAAAAGACCACAAACUGCCCAACACCAAGGGCAGGUCUUCUUCCUCAUCUUCCUGCUCCUCUUCAGCUGCCCCGGGCCAGCAUUUGCAGCCAAUGGCCAAGGACCACCAUACGGACCUGACGACCUUAUAGAAGUGGGGACCCUGGGCCUAUCCCUUCUUGCACUCCAGGUUGAGGCGAAGCUGCGGGUGCAGGCGGGGCCUGCUGUCACCUCACUGGGCUCUAAGGUACUGUGGGGGUGGACCUGGGACCUGCAGGCCGCCCUCGGACUAGGUUACCUUCCUGCCCGAGGGCAGCCCCCUCCCUAAAGUGGGGAAGGGUGGGAGGGUGGGCGGGCUUCUUUAAGUAGAUUAUCAUAUGGCAGGAGCUACUGAGAACAUAAACCCUUGGCGAGUCAUUAAACUCCUGAAAAUCUCUGCUGGUGGAUUGAAUUUGCAAAUGAAGGUUGGAGGCUUUACCCCAGUGGGAACCGGGAUGGUCUCCUCCACACCACCCCCUUCAGGGAGCUGUGUGGCUUAGUAACUGUGGGGGAGUUGAGGCAGAAGGCCAGCCAGUGCUAGGUGCUUUCAGUGCAAGCAGGAGAGGCUGAGCCAGAAUCCCAGAACUUUCUGGAUUAUCUAUAGAAUUUCUUCUGUGAUUUAAAAAAAAAAAAAAAAGAAAGAAAGAAAUUGUUUGCUUCCAGUGGCCCAUGCCCAAAGAAAUAAA